AUGCGGCUCUCCUAUCUCAGCGGGCUAGCUAUCGCUGGCCUGGGCCGUUUCCCAGUUGCUGCUCUUGACUUCUACAUCUCACCAACGGGAUCAGACAACAACGACGGAAGCAGCGCCGAUGCCUCUUUCGCCACGAUCGAACACGCUCAAGGCGCCGUCCGCGACCAGAUCUCCAGCUCCCUAACCGACAACAUCACGGUGCACCUCGCCCCAGGCCUGUACCCAGUCGCCGAAACCCUCAACUUCACCGCCGAAGACUCAGGCCGCGAUGGCUUCACCGUCAACUGGGACGGUCCCGGGGCCGUGGUCUCUGGCGGGAUUGAAGUCACCGGAUGGGAGGAGGGAUCCGAUGGCGUGUGGUCAGCGAGCGUGCCGAAAGGAACGGAGUCUCGUAACCUGUACGUCAACGGGCAGGCGGCCAACUUUGCCCGCCGGAAGCUGGCCAACCGGAAGGACUUUCAGUUUACCUCGUCUGGUAUGACCUGGAGUAACGGGCAGUAUGACUGGCUCAUGGACACGGAGGGCAUUGCAGGGGCCGAGGUGCGGUUUAUCAAUUCGUUCACGGACCGGUAUGCUCUCAUUCAGUCAGCGAGCAACCGGCAGUUGGCCAUGAAGCAAAACACUUGGUUCAACAAUAUGUGGGGGUACGACACAGUGGCCCAGCCGAACGCGGACUUUGGCGUGUGGGUGCAGAACGCAUUGGCCUUGAUCUCGGAUGGAGGACAGUUUUAUCUCGACUCGGCAGCGGGCACGGUGUACUACAAGCCGCUUGAUGGUGAGAACCUGACCACGGCCACGACAUACCUCGGCGUGCUGGAGUGCAUCGUCUCGGUCGGCGGCACCUACGACGACCCGGCGCACGACCUCACUUUCACAGGCAUCAGCUUCGCCCACAGCACAUGGAUGAAGCCAGCAACAGUAGGCUAUCCCGACCAGCAAACAGGCGCCUACAUCGGGGAGAACUCGACCUACACCCCCUCCAACUUCGAAUCCACCCGCCCUCACUGGUUCCAAAUGCCCGGCGCCAUCCAAAUCAGCGCCGCAACCAACAUCACCUUCUCCGGCGGCAACUACACGCAACUCGGCGGGGGCGGCAUCGGCAUCGGCAACGACGCCAACGCACACACCUCCGGCGUCGGCCUCGGCGCAGCCCACAUCACCGUCUCCAACGCCUACUUCACCCAAAUCAUGGGCAACAGCAUUACCGCCGGCGGCGUGCAAGCCGACGCGCACCACCCCAGCAAUGCCGGAAUGACCAACUCCCACCUGAUCAUCACCAACAACGUCUUCUACAACACCUCCUCCCUCUUCACCUCCACCGUCCCCAUCCUCCUCACCUACGCCCACCACUCCACCAUCUCCCACAACGACCUGCACAUCACCCCCUACUCCGGCAUCUGCCACGGCUACGGCUGGGGCUCCAACGACGCCGGCGGCAGCCCGGAGUACCAAAACCGUGGCCUGUACAACUUCCAACCGAAAUACUCCGACCCCACCACCUCCAACACAAACCUCAUCGCCGCGAACUUCAUCCGCGCCUACGGCCACAGCCACACCGAUCUCGGUGGGAUAUACACCCUAUCCAAAUCCCCGUCUACCUUCAUCACAGAAAACUACGUCCUCGACUCGGGAGCCUACGGGCUGUACACCGACGAGGGCUCAAACUCCUACACUUUCACAGAUAACCUCCUCUUCAACACCGGCACCUGGCUAGCCCAAAACGGCGCCAACACCGAUAACAACACGUUUGAUGGUAACUACGGCCACUCCGGCCCGACAAACUGGCCGGGUAACUCCCUCAUCGAUAAUAUCUCCCAGGCUUCCGUAGCCGUCCAACGCGCGGCGUAUCGCGCGGGCGUGGAGCCUGGGAAACGUGUAAAUCGGCCAGAGACAUCUGAGACCGGCGCAGCGGAUAGUAUUGUGACUGUGACUGGGGACGGGCAGGGGGUUGUGACCGCGACGAUCAGUAAUUUCGAUGAUGCGGCUUUUGAAGGGGUGGAAUUUGAUGUUUCGUCUGGGUCGUCGGGGGUGACGUUUACGGCGGAAGGGGAGGUGCCAAAAGAGAUACAAGGGAACGGUGAUACGGUGGUGAAGUGGAAGGCGUCGGGGGGUGGUGGGAGUGUGAAGGUUAGUGUGGGGGUUAAGUAUACGAAUUCGAGGACCGGGGAGGUGGGGGAGAGGGGGGGGAGUGCGGAUGUUAGUUUGUAG